GAAGGAGAGCCACUGCGGGCCGGUCACAGGCUCAUCCCGGGGGAGAAGGAGGCCUGGGAAAGGCCUGGAGGAAGCGGCUCGGCCCCCUUCGUCUUCCCCUCUAGUCUCGGCCCAGUGUCGGCCCGGCAGGACCAGCCGAGGCUCUCCGGAGCGCCCGGGCCGACCCGCUCUUCUCUGCUCUGCUCUUCUCUCCACCAGACGAUCCCGGUCACGGCGGGAGGCGCGCCCAUCUCGGAGCAGCCCUUCACGAGGACGGGAUUGCUGGGCUUCAUCGGGCCAGACCAGCUGGUGUUCGUCGUGGGGAAGCUGGAUGGGCUGAUGGUGGUCGGCCUUCGCCGGCACAGCGCGGAUGACGUGGUGGCCACCGCCCUGGCCGUGGAGCCGAUGAAGUUUGUCUAUAGAGGAAGAAUAGCCGUGUUCUCGGUGACGGUCUUACACGAUGACCGCAUCGUGCUGGUGGCCGAGCAGCGUCCGGACGCGUCGGAGGAGGACAGUUUCCAGUGGAUGAGCCGCGUCCUGCAGGCCAUCGACAGCAUCCAUCAGGUCGGCGUGUACUGCCUGGCCCUGGUCCCUGCCAACACUCUGCCCAAGGCCCCCCUCGGGGGGAUCCACAUCUCGGAGACCAAGCAGCGCUUCCUCGAGGGCGCUCUGCACCCCUGCAGCGUCCUGAUGUGCCCCCACACCUGUGUCACCAACCUCCCCAAGCCUCGCCAGAAGCAGCCAGACGUCGGGCCGGCCUCCAUGAUUGUGGGCAACCUCGUGGCUGGGAAGAGAAUCGCCCAGGCCUCGGGCAGAGACGUCACGCAGCUGGAGGACAAUGACCAGGCAAGAAAGUUUUUGUACCUGGCGGACGUGUUGCAGUGGCGGGCUCAGACCACCCCGGACCACCCUCUCUUCCUGCUGCUCAAUGCCAAGGGCACAGUCACCAGCACCGCCACCUGCGUCCAGCUGCACAAGAAGGCCGAGCGAGUAGCCGCUGCCCUGACCGAGAGGGGCCGCCUGAGCGUUGGAGACCAUGUGGCUUUGGUUUACCCUCCAGGUGUGGACCUCAUUGCCACCUUCUAUGGCUGUCUUUACGCUGGCUGCAUCCCCAUCACGGUCCGACCUCCUCACCCCCAGAAUCUUGCCACCACUCUGCCCACGGUCAAGAUGAUUGUGGAAGUCAGCAAGUCCACGUGUAUUCUUACAACCCAAGCAAUAAUGAAACUCCUUAAGUCCAAGGAAGCUGGCGCAGCCGUGGACGUGAAAACGUGGCCCACCAUCUUAGAUACAGAUGACCUCCCAAAGAAGAAGGUGGCGAGUGUGUUCCGGCCUCCCUCCCCGGAUAUGCUGGCCUACCUAGACUUCAGCGUCUCCACCACGGGCAUAUUGGCUGGAGUCAAGAUGUCGCACACGGCCACGAGUGCCUUAUGCCGCUCCAUCAAGCUUCAGUGCGAGCUCUACCCGUCCCGGCAGAUCGCCGUCUGCCUCGACCCCUACUGUGGCCUGGGCUUUGCCCUCUGGUGCUUGUGCAGUGUCUAUUCAGGACACCAGUCCCUCCUGGUCCCCCCGCUUGAGCUUGAAAACAACGUGUCCUUGUGGCUGUCGGCCGUGAGUCAGUACCGAGUUCGGGUCACCUUCUGUUCCUACUCCGUCAUGGAGAUGUGCACCAAAGGGCUGGGGACGCAGACCGACCUCCUCAGGGCUGCGGCCGGGCUCCCUGCGCUCACCUUGGCCGGAGACGGCGCAGGAGGGGCAGCUUCUUCCGCUCCUCGCUAG